AUGCCUCCUGCACCCACGGCACCAAUGCCCGCUACACCAUCCCGGCAAGCUCGUUACGACGAUUCAUCUUACAAGCCUUCCACUUCUACCAAAAUCCGAGCUGAUGCUAACGACGCCUCUGUAGAAAAUAUUACUGAGUCCAUUGCUCGAACCCUGACCUUGAAGAGUGAGGCGCUAGGAGCCAUAUCUCAGGGGGAUGAAGAGGCUCGGGUCUGCGCAAGGCCAGCAGACUUGGAAUCCAACAUUGUCGCCACGGAGGCUCAAGCCAAACUCGAACCACACGAUGGUACAUCCAGGGGUAUUCAGAGUGAAGCUACAUGCAAGGCGGGUAAAGCCGUUUCCAGAGAUGCGAGCCCGGUUACCGAGGAAAAUAAGUCCGCCUCAAAGGAGGAUCAUAUCGCUAUGAAAAACGUUGUCCGGUCGCAAGCAUCCACCUCGGUCAAAGCCGAGUCCUCGUCCGCGCAAACUGGUGAGAGGACUAGGCCAAGUAAUAAUUUGCUCAGUUUGUUUGGAACAGAUGAGGAAGCCACUGAUCUUGAAGUUCACACUUCGUUCAAAUUCAUCAUGUACCCCAGCCUCAAGCCGAGAAGUAGCUCCAGAACACGCGCCAAUCAUGCCUCUUCUUCCGAGCUCAGCGUCAACCUAGAUGACCGUCACGCUACUGACUUCGAAAUGGGUACUAGAGGCUUUGUACGCCCCUCCCCUGCUGGGGCCCUGCUAGCCAGUGACGGCGACUCCGAGGACGAUAUUGAAGACAAACUUUCCGGAAGUGUCGGUUUAGAGACUCAAAGGUAUAUGGUUGAGCGAGUUCGCAAGCUCAGAUCGUCAGUCAAAGGGAACUCGGCAGGAGUCUCGAUACUAGAGGUGGAAGUUGACAAUCUGAAAAAAUCGCUCGAGCAAGUACAGAAAUCAGUCCAGGCGAGCGGACAGAAACAUCAAGAUUCGGUGAAGAACCUCCGCGGGCUAAUUUCUGAAGAGCUCAGAUCAAUGCAAGCGGCGAUAGAUUCCAAUAAAUCUCAAGUAGAGGCACAACUGCGCGCCUUCGUUGAGAAGCAUGUGGAGGCACGGCUACAGGAGUUGGUCAAAGAGCAUCGAGAACAGGCUACGGAUUUCUCAACAAGGCUCAGUAGAAUAACCGCCGAUUUGGAAUGCUUACGACCACAAACGCCACAGCAAUGCUCCGGAGGAUGGGAGCCUCAUAUCGAACGCCUAGAAGAACAUAUAGCCGUCUCAGGCGGGCUUUCACGUCCUUCGAGUUGGAAGGACGAUACUUCAGCGGAUGCCAGAGGUAUUCGUAGCUUGCAAGAUGAAUUAGCUGCGGCAACUGACAAAGUAGCGCUUUGGUUUGGAGAGGUACUCGCAAUGUCCACGAACAUCGUCGUCCCAGAUAUAACGGUGGAGAAGGAGAUGCGAAGCAAUUGCAUAUCCUCCCUGGUACGAGGCCCCGUCUUCAUACGUGAGAAUUCGCCUUCCAAGACGAAGCUGCCUAUCGACAGGCUUGCGCGACUUAAGCGAUCGACGUUGAACCAAUUCUGUGCGAGAAACCCCCAUGAAGCUAGACCCGGACCGGGCGGUAGCAGCAUCAGCCAUCUUGGUAUCAGCCCCGUCAAUGCUGGUGCCGUCGAUGCUCACCUCGCAACGACUUCUGCCUUGGCUAUUUUCAAGAUCGUUCCCGGCAACCAUAGCAUAGCGCACCUUUCUCUGACACCAAGCCCGGACUACCGCGUCCAGAAACAAGACAUCUAUAUCAGACAGCCUCGAUUGCCUGGAAAGAAAGGCAACAAACCGUACGGGUAG